AUGUCGACUCCAACUCUUGCCGAGAAGCUGGACAAGAUCCGGUCCCCCGGCCUUCAGAGCCAGAAGAGGACCGCAGUAGUCCUCGAGGCGGUCGACACGACAUUGAAGGAGCAGAAAACUGAGCCUACACCGACCGGCUACUUCGCCGCCCUUUUGGCCCUUCUCACACAAGCCGUCGAGAGCGGCAACGUUGCCUCCGAAACAACGACCUCCGUUGUCUACCUGCUCGAUACCGUUACCCCGUUUGCGCCCCAACCAAUCCUCCGAGCGAAGUUCACCCAGAUCCUCACUUCCCUCGCCCCCGUCCUCCUCCUCGAAGAUGCCGAAGCCCUACUUCUCAGGUCCUCCAUGGGCUGCCUGGAGUCUCUGCUGCUCGCGCAGGAUUCCGCCGCCUGGGAGCUGGGCAUCACCCAAAUCGGCCCCCGAAGAGCCGUUGCUGGUCUGCUGAACCUUGCCCUCGACCAUCGCCCGAAGAUCCGAAAGAGGGCGCAAGAGGCCCUACGCAAGGUUCUGACGAACCCGCCUCCGAGUCCUUCGCUAGAUCACCCGGCCGCCGACAUGUGCGCGCACACCGCUCUUGCGAACCUAGAAGAUUUGGCCACCAAGGCUGCGCAGGCCAGGAAGCAGAAGAAUGGAGCCGAGUCAGCGCACGAUCCCGCUCUGAUCCACGCCCUCCAGCUCAUCAAGACCGUCGCGUCCUCCAGCGGUGGUUGGCCCAGCAAGAAGAUUGAGUCUCUGUGCGAGCUGCUCCUGGGUAUUUCCAGAUCAGGCAACGAGUACAUGACUAUGGCCUCUUUUGAGAUCUUUGAGAUGAUUUUCGAGGGCAUGGCCGAUGAGGUUGCUUCGGCCAAGCUCCCCCGACUUAUGGAGAUCAUUUCCGAAUUGCGCCCUGCUGCAAACGACACCCAGCUUAUUCCGCCAUGGCUCGCAAUUCUUUCAAGGGGCUACGACGUUUCUGCGCAGCUUGAGCCCGAGGAUGUGUUUCAGAACUUGCCCGAGAUCUUCUCCAUGGUCGCCCAGUACCUGGAGUCUUCCGCCCACAACAUCCGUGUCUCUGCGUCUGAGUGCCUAGUCUCAUUUCUUGCAAACUGCGUUCCUAAGCAAGUCAUCCUCGAACCAUCCAUCUACGACGAGAAGACUCUGGACAAGAUUGCCAAGAUUGCAGAGACCCUUCUUAGCGUAAAGUAUCAGCAGGCUUGGAUGGAGAGCUUCAAUGUGUUCGGAGCCAUGUUUGAUUCCCUGAGGUGGCGCGCUCACCCCAUGAUGCUCAACAUCACCAAGGCCGUUGGCGAUCUUCGUGGUAGCGAUUCUUUCCAGGGCAAAAAGGAGGCCGAUGAGGUCAUUGGAAAGGCCGUCCGCGCCAUGGGCCCUGAGGCGGUGCUCUCUAUCCUUCCCUUGAACCUGGCCAAGCCUGUGAAGGGCCAGCAGGGUCGUGCGUGGAUGUUCCCCAUCCUCCGCGACUACGUCAGUAACACCAACCUUGCUCACUUCCGCCGCGAGAUGGUUCCUCUGAGUGAGCUCAUGUUCCAAAGGGUCCUGGACCAUGGUAAGGCGGAGAAGACGAUGGAGGUCAAGAUCUUCGAGACCCUCGUGCAACAAAUUUGGGCGACUCUGCCGGGAUACUGCGACCUUCCCCUCGACCUGACUGAGGCAUUUGACCAGGGUUUUGCCGAGCUUCUGGCCAACAUUUUGUACAAGCAGGUUGAGUUGCGCCUGGAGGUUUGCCGUGCGCUCAAGAUCCUUGUUGAGUCGAACCAGGCCAUCGCCUCUAUUGAGGACGCUGAGGAAGACCUCGUCCUUCAGAGCCGUGUCUCCAGGGCCACAGCGAAGAAGAACCUGGAGCACUUGGGCGGGUUUGCGGCCAAUAUGCUGGCUGUCCUCUUCAACGUCUACACGCAGACCCUGCCCCAGUCAAGGGGACCUAUCCUACUUACUAUCAACGCUUUCCUGAGCGUCACUCCCGAGAAGGAGCUUGUUGAGACCUUUGAUCGCGUCAGCAAAAUGCUCGCAGCGGAACUGCAGCAGACUGCCGAGCAAGAGAAGCCCAAGCAGCAGCAGAAGUCCUCGGAACAAAUGCCGUCAACAAGCAACACGCUUAUGGACCUGAUCAUCACUAUCUCGGUCUACCUGCCCCGUGAGAGCUUCUCUGCUCUUUUCGAGAUCGCCGCCGUCAUCAUUUUCAAGGAAAACGAGCCGCAAUUGCAGAAGAAGGCCUACAAGCUGGUUCCUCGUCUGGCCGAGUCCGAGACUGGCAAGCUCGCCCUCCAAGAGCGCACCGAAGAGCUGCAACAAAUGUUCCUCAACAGUGCUGAGAAGGUCUCCGCUCCAGCUCGCCGUGAGCGUCUGGGCGCCCUCUCAUCUCUCCUCGCCUUCAUCCCCGACACCUCUCUUCACUUCAUUCCCGCAAUCCUUAGCGAGGUCGUCAUCUGCUGCAAGGAGAACAACGAGCGCGCCAGAGAAGCAGCCUAUGACCUUCUCGUCCAGAUGGGCCAGCGCAUGGAGGCCGCCAACAACGCCACCAUUGACAACUCCAAGGUCCCGCACAUGCCCGCCGACGCACCCGCCGGCAAGGCCAACAUCGAGGAGUUCCUCACCAUGGUCAGCGCCGGUCUCGUCGGCAGCACGCCGCACAUGAUCUCCGCCUCCAUCACGGCCCUCAGCCGCGUUCUCUACGAGUUCCGUCGUUCCUUCAGCACAAACACCCUCGCCGACCUCGUGCAAACAAUGGACCUCUUCCUGACCUCCAACAACCGCGAGAUCGUCAAGAGCGUCCUGGGCUUCGUCAAGAUCUGCGUCGUCAGCCUGCCCUCGGAGCUCGUCAUCCCUCGCCUGUCGAGCCUGAUCCCCAAUCUCAUCAUCUGGGGCCACGAGCACAAGGGCCACUUCAAGAGCAAGGUCCGCCAUAUCCUCGAGCGCAUGGUCCGCAAGUUCGGCUACGAGCUUGUCAACCAGAACUGCCCCGAGUCCGACCGCAAGCUCAUCAACAACAUCCGCAAGACCAAGGAGCGCAGCAAGAAGAAGAAGGAGACCGCCCGCCAGGCCGGCGAGGAGAGCGACGACGACGGCGACGCCCGCCACGGCCGCAAGUUCGACAACGAGCUCGACCAGGCCCUCUACAGCAGCGACUCGGACGGCUCUGAUGACGAUGAUUCCGACGACGGCGAGGGCGCCGCCGCUUUCAAGGCCAAGCGCGGCAACCGCAAGGGCGGAAACACGUACAUUGUCGAGGACGAGGACGAGCCUCUCGACCUGCUCGACCGCAACGCCCUCGCCAACAUCUCCUCGACCAAGCCUGUCAAGAUGCGCAAGCCGGCACGAUCCAAGGCGAAGAUGGACCUUGACGGCAAGCUCAUCCUCGGCAAGGACAGCGACGACGAAAUGGAGGUCGACGGCGGCGCCGGCGAAGGCUCCGGCGUCAACGCCUACGUCGCGGCGCUCAAGGGUAAGGACGUCGCGCGCAAGGGCCGCGGCGGCAAGCUCAAGUUCAGCAACAAGCGCGGCCAGGACGACGAGGACAUGGAGGACAUGGACGAGGGCGACGCGGCUGCGGUCAAGGCGCAGGUCGAUAGGAACAGAGGCGGCGCCGGUGGCAGGCCUUUCCGCGGCGGUCGUGGUGGCCGUGGCGGUGGUGCGCGUGGCGGACGUGGUGGCAGGGGCGGUAUCGCCGCCGGACGCAAGGGGCUUGGUGAGGAGAGGAGACGGGGCCCGAUGUCUGGUGGUGGUGUGAACAAGGGCCGCGGCAGAGGUGGUGGCCGAAGGUAG